AUGUUACGUGAUAAGAGUUUCACACUAACGGCGCUUCUUCUGAUUGUCUUCGCCCUAUCCACUUGGCUUGAUGUGAAUGGUGUGUGGGUUGAACUUCCUUUGAUUGUCAACGAAGCGCCAGAAGGGUGGUCUUUACCAUCGUAUUUAACUUUAGCGAUUGCAUUGAGUAACAUCGGACCAUUGAUUAUCGUUCUAUUAAAACUUCGUUUCAAAAAGCGUCUUGAUGAACGAAUAUUUAUCUAUGUAGAAAUUCUAGUUGGCAUCAUAUCAUGCGCUUUAAUUGCUCAACACUGGAACACAACAAGUUAUUUUGCUGGUCGACCACAUUCGGUAUUCUUUUUAAUUUUAGUUUUUUUACUCGGCACAUUGGACACAACAUCGACUGUAACUUAUGCGGAUUAUAUGAAGCGAUACCAUGCGAAAUUGUUAAAUGCAUUGUAUCUUGGCGAAAGUUUAACAUCGUUGAUUCCGUCUAUUUUAGCAUCGAUUCAGGGCGUAGGCGGGGAAGCAAUCUGUCGAGAGAAUUCGACAUAUCCUGAGUAUUCUUCUCCACGAUUUUCUGUUCAAGUUUAUUUUUGGACAUUCGUCGGCAUUAUCCUUCUUUCCCUGAUUGCUUUUCUCUUACUGGAAUUCUCAUCCAUUUCAAAAACGCAACGAACUUUCAAUGUAAUGGAGUUCUCCGUUGAAACAAGUCUUACUCCAGAUAGUCAAACAACAUCAUUGCAUAUGUCGAAGAAACACUAUUAUAUCUUACUCGCGUUCGGAUUUCUAUCCAGUAUUAUCAUAUACGGCAUUCUACCUUCGAUUGGCACUUAUGCUGUUUUACCAUACUCUCAACGAGCGUAUUACAUUUCCAGUCUCAUUUUACCGAUAUCAAAUCCAUUAUCAGUUUUACUUGGUAUCUUCUUACGAAGUAUCUUGAGCAUUUUUACAUUAACAAUUUUGCUUAUUUGUGCCACUUGUAUAUCUAUGUACGUGAUUGUUGUUGCUGCCUUAAGCCCAUGUCCACCAUUACACGACUCGGCAGGCGGUGCUGUGUUAAUCAUUAGUUGUUAUUUCCUAGCAUAUCUACUGUUUUAUUAUAUAAGAUUGGUUCUUGGCAACCGGAUCCGGCAAGAAUUUCCACGCGAAAGUGGAUUGUUUUGGUUUGGAGCAGCAAGUCAAUUCGGCAGUCUAGUUGGAGCAAUUCCAAUGUAUCUACUUAUCAAUGUCUACAAUCUAUUUAAAAGUCGAGCUGUGUGUCAAGCAUACUGUUAA